AUGUCUUUGCCCUCAAUUAGUACAGCAACACAUGAUAUUCAUUCGGUUGUUGCCAUGGAUUCCACUGCCGUCCGUUGUAAUGUUCAGGAGACUGGCGAUGACGGACGCACCGCAUCUUUGCAUCAAGUCACUCAGCAUACAAAUGGAAAUGAAAACGAUGCAAAAAUGAGAGAGAAAAAAGAAAAAGAUUUCGAGGAGGCCUCAGCAGUCGUCGCGCGGCACGUCAAGCUGCUGCGCGAGUACAACGAGAUGAAGGACGCCGCGCAGCAGCUGAUGGGCAUGGUGGCCGAGAAGAGGGGCGUCACGGUCGGGAGUCUGUACGAGACGGGCGAGUUCGGCGUCGGGCCGAAGGAUUGA